AUGAGUUGGAGUGGAUUUAAAAAAGCUAUUAAUAGGGCUGGUAAUAAUGUUAUGAUUAAAAGUAGUGAUCGUGUUACUGAUCGAGAAUAUGAUACUGAAGAACGUCGAUAUAAGACUUUACAAAGAGCUGGUGAAAGUCUUCAAAAGGAGGGUAAAGGAUUUUUAGAUUCUUUAAGAGCAGUAUGUGCAUCUCAAGUGGCCAUUGCUGAAGUCAUUGCCAAUUUAUACGAUGAUGCAAAAUAUAGUGGUAAGAGUGAUUAUAAUAUGGGUGAAUAUUAUUUACAGUGUGUCAAAGAUUUUGAUACAGAGACAUGUAAACAAUUAGAUGGACCAAUAAGAGAGGCGGUUUUGGAUCCAAUAAAUAAAUUUUGUACUUAUUUCAAAGAGAUUGAUGAAGCUAUUAAGAAAAGAGAACAUAAGAAACAAGAUUAUGAAGCUUCCAAGGCUAAAGUUCGCAAAUUGAUUGAUAAACCAUCUAAGGAUUCAUCGAAAUUACCAGUUGCCGAGAAGGAAUUAAAUCUAGUGAAAGAUGUUUUUAAUCAUCUGAAUGAACAAUUGAAAAUGGAGUUACCACAAUUGGUAUCGCUGCGUGUUCCUUAUUUCGAUCCAAGUUUUGAAGCUAUCGUGAAGAUUCAACUAAGGUUUUGUACAGAUGGGUAUAGUAGAUUAGCACAGAUCCAACAAUACCUCGACCAACAAUCGCGUGAUGAUUAUGCGAACGGGCUGUUAGACACCAAGAUCGAAGAUCUAUUACAUCAAAUGACUAGUCUUGAUAUAUGUGCUAUGGGUAUUAAAUAG